AUAUCGUAUUUCAUAUGGUUUCUGAUGCAAGUAUAUCUGAAAAGUAAAAAUUAUUAUUAACAAAUCUUCGCAUGAUGGAUUUACGAGAUCUUAUCGCAAAAAAGAAAUCAUCAUUAAAAUCAUGUAAAACGGUAAUAACAGAUCCGCUUGGCAACAAAUACGAAGUUGAAUGUGGCCAAGUAAAGAAAUUGGAGAAAAGCCUACCAUUUGUAGUGGACGAAAGACCUGAUUUGCAUGUCGCCAAUAUAAUACCAGGUUUAUAUCUUAGCUCUCAAGAUCCAGCGGUUUGCAUCGAUAUAUUAAAGAAAUACGAAAUCCGGCAUAUUUUAAGCAUAGGCGUUAACAUUUCCGAGAGAUUCGACAAUAUUCGGUACCACAUCUGUGACUUGUUAGACUUGCCGGAAUCGAAUAUAAUACUGUUGCUAAAAAGAUGCGUCGAUAUCAUACACGCGACUCGUAAAGAAAACAUCCUUGUGCAUUGCAACGCUGGCGUUUCUCGCUCCCCUGCUAUUGUUAUCGCUUAUUUAAUGAUUCAUAAAAAAUUGUCAUAUGAUGAAGCUUACAAUAAAGUAAAAAAAGCGAGAAGUUGUAUUAGGCCUAAUGAUGGAUUUGUAGAACAAUUACAUAGUAUCGAAAAUACAACCUUUGUCGACGAGUUGUAAUAGUGUGUUCUAAUAUAUCUAUACUAAAGACAA